AAUUUGCACGUGAGAACGUUCGUAUGUACGAACGAAUAAUAUUAUUGUUCUGUUUUCCCAUUCUAAUUUAUUUUUGGCAUACAAACACCGAUUGAUAUUUGAAAUUAUUGGCGCCGUCAGUGGUUUCACUUCUCUCUCCUCGUAUUUCUGAAACAACGUACCGUUGCGAUCAUAUCUCCAUCCUCCAAUUGUCAGGCGGCUUGAGAGAGAGGGAGAAACGAAAGAAAUUUCGAUUAUUCGAUUAUGACAUUACUUAUUUGUGGUUGUUUGAUUCGUUGAGCGUCUUGUAUACGUGCUGUUCUUGUUGGUGACUGUUUGUGCCUUUACCGUUACUCUUCCUAAAUAAUUAAUUUAAUUGUUCAUCAACGAGUGCUUAGCGGCAAAAUACUUCAAGAAUCAUGGCCUUUAUGAUGCCAGUGGUAAAAAAUGAUUGGGAUAUUUACAACUCAAAAAGAGGCAGAAGGGUUUCGGAAUGUUCUAAUCCGCAGAAUUGUCGCUCGAGGAAAGUUUCUGAGACUAAAUCGGAAGGACCAAGCCUUUCAACAUCACCUGGUAAUGAUUUUCAACCUCCCGCACCGUCAAGUUACAAGGGUUCAUCAAACAUGUCCAAGCAGAAUAGUUAUUCCCGGGCUAGCUCUAGGACUUCAGAAGCUAGUCUUCAGAGUCCAGUGAAAUCGUCUUCAUCGAGUCCACCAAAAAGUGACUCGAGCACCAGUUUGAACAACUUUCACUGCAGACUGUUAGACAAGUUGAAGAAGUCUUUGAAAAAUAAAGAUAGUGACAGUGAGAAAGCGACUUCAUGAAGAGUAUUUUCAAGAGAAGACACUCCACCUCCGAUCCUACAUAUGGAUUUAUGGCUAAGCAACGACUACGUAUGUUUUCAGCAAUUUUCAUUGCCCUGUGAUAUGUAGUUUAUUAAUAGAAUAGCUAUAAAUUUGUUGAUUUAUAUUGUCGAGCUUGCACAAUGUUUACUGGUUGGGUGCCAACAUUUUUAUUUGAUCUUGACUGUGCAACUGUUUUGAGUACUCGAAUAUUUUUGAUAUAUCAGAGGGGACAAUAUUUUCUUAACAAUAUUUAAGGUAAUUACCGUUGUAUUAAUGAUAUGACACAAAUGAAUUAUGACACUGAAAGUAUUUUAUAAAAAUUUUCCAUGACUUAGGUGAAUAGUAUAAAAAUCUUGUUAUCAACCCCUCAGAUUAAUUUGAAAUGUAGCUAUUUCGGUAGUGCAACAUUAUGAAAUAGUAAAUUGAUUACAGGGCCCCUUCAUUGCAAUAUGUUUGUGAUUCGGUAGCUUGCUUUAUACUUGGAUAAACAAAAAAGACUGUAAGGAGGUAAUAUGGAGUUUAACAUUGUUAGUACUAUAUUGCUUGUUAUGUCGAAACUAAGUAUUCAUAGAUUUAAGAUGGGAGAAGGCUAAUAAGGAAUAUAGGGAGACCAAUUUAUCCAAAAUUUUUUGAUACAUCAUUUUUGACUGUUAUGUAGUCAAAUUAAUUUUGGACCGAGUUAGGAAGAAUUCAGGAUAUCCAUUUUCUAUGAUACAUAGUUGAAAAGUAAGAUAGUUUUGCGUUCUAUUGUUAUACAACUAAGUAUAUUUUAUAUCAGAAAUACAUAUAGUUAUUCAACAUUCCAUUGACUAAUGUUUGUUUUCAUUUAUGUACUUCAUAUUUAAUUUAAAGUUUUUUUUUAUUUCAGUAGAUAGUGAAAGAAAUAUUUAUUUUUGUGAAGACUUUCAAAUGAGUUUAAAUAAAAAACAAUGUUCUAAAUUUGUGUAUUAAAUGAUAAUCAGCUAAAAUAAAGUGUGCUUUUUCAAGAUA